CCAUCUUCCUGGGCUCGUUCCGUAUGCCCUACGAGGAGAUUAAGAACGUCAUCCUGGAGAUCAACGAGAAGCUGCUUUCUGAGUCCAUGGUGCAGAAUCUGAUCAAGCAGUUGCCGGAACAGGAGACGCUGAAUGUUCUGGGGGAGAUGAAGGAUGAGUAUGAAGACCUGGCAGAGGCCGAGCAGUUUGGAGUGGUGAUGUCGACAGUGAAGCGUCUGAAGCCUCGGCUGACGGCCAUCUUGUUCCGGCUGCAGUUUGACGAGCAGCUAAACAACAUCAAGCCGGACGUGGUGUCCGUGACGGCGGCCUGCGAGGAACUGAAGAAGAGCACCACCUUCUCCCAGCUGCUGCAGAUCAUCCUGCUGGUGGGCAACUACAUGAACGCCGGUUCCCGCAACGCCAAGGCCUURGGAUUCAGCAUCAGCUACCUCUGCAAGCUGCGGGACACCAAGACAACUGACCUGAAGCAGACUCUCCUGCACUUCCUGGUUGACGUGUGUCAGGAGCAGUACCCCGACGUCCUGAUGUUCCCCGAUGAACUUGUUCACGUAGAGAAGGCCAGCCGAGUGUCGGCCGAGACCCUGCAGAAGACCCUGGUGCAGAUGGGCUGUGUGUUGAAGACUCUGGAAAAGGAUCUGGAGACCUUUCCUCCUCCACAGAGUGACAGGGACAUGUUUGUGGAGAAAAUGACUACCUUUGUGGCCAGUGCCAGAGAGCAACAUGAGAAGUUGGAAAUGAUGCAUAAUAACAUGGAGAAGCAGUACUCUGACCUGGGGAACUACUUUGUGUUCGACCCUCGCAAGAUUUCUGUCGAAGAGUUCUUCGGUGACCUCAACAACUUCAAGAACAUGUUCCAGCAAGCGGUGAAGGAGAAUGCGAAGGGUGAUGAGACUGGUAUCAUGGACGACCUGAUGGAGGCGCUGCAGUCUGGUGCUGCCUUCAGGAGGAAGAGAGGACCACGACAAGCUGCCAACCGGAGAGCUGGUCAUGCAGUGACGAACAUCUUGGCCAAAGAGUUGAUGCAGGAGGACACCACGCCCCGCUUCAGCAAACCACCCAAUAAGAAGACCAAGAUAGCGCAGAAGGAGGAGCCUAGCAUAGAGGGGGCUAGUAUAGACGGGGCGGGGUCACUAGAGGACCUCUUAGAGGACAGUCUAUCACGGUCCAAUUAAAGGAGAUGGGUAGAAGUUUGCCCUUAGCCACAGAUCUAGGAUCAGCUCAUCUUACCCAUAUCCUAACCUUAACCAUAGAGAAAUAUAGAAACUGUCCUUCAAUCAGUGUCUAAGGGCAACUUCAUCCUCCUGCCAGUUGAAGGAGGAGUCUGUGCCCAUUGUCCUUCUUGGGACCACCGGAUUGGACAUACUGGGACUGAAGGAGCCAAUGGGUGAGGGCGGAGCUCUCACCAUGACACAGCCCCAGGGUUUUCCACGCUGAGGGAUGACUCUUUGCCAUAUAAACAUAUCCCUGUUCAAGCAUCAGCAUCUGCACACAUCCACUGCACUCUGUCUCUCUCUAUUUCUCUCACACACAUACACUGCACUCUGUCUCUCUCUAUUUCUCUCACAC